AUGCCGCCAAAGCGUAAGGUCACGUCUGCAGUCAAGACUUCCGUGAAGCAAGCCAAAACUGACGAUGAUACUGAUGAAAAGCUCACUCUGAAGAAAAAGCUCUCUGCUUUGAAAAAAGUUGAGGAUAAGAAGACCCACAAGGUCGAUAAGAACUUUUGUGUGGCUGGAGAUUGCCUUCCGUCCUUAUUAGAUGAAGCCACGCAAGGAUUUGUUCGGCGGAUAUUCAGCGCCGAAACUUUUGAACAUGCCAUGCGUGCGCUGAAUUUGGAUUUAAAGAAAAUGCCACUCGGGAAGCUCAGUGCAAAACAAAUAGCCAAUGCUUACGAAAUUUUGGAUGAAUUGGAAGGCGUGAUAGAGGGAAAAAAGAAAGGUGAUGUUACUUUCUUGUCUUCGCGAUUCUAUACCAUCAUGCCGCACGAUUUUGGCCGUACGCGUCCUCCACUGAUCGAUACUAAGGAACAACUGGCGUCCAAGUUUGAUAUGCUGAACACUUUGUCAGAUGUUGCGUUGGCACAGGCCAUGCAGAAGGAGGGAGUUAAGGGAAACCAAAAAAAGAAACAUUGGAUAGACGAGAAAUACUCCCUUCUGGAUUGUGAUCUUGACUAUUUGAAUGCGUCGGAUGUGAACAGACGUCUCGUCGAGGAAUACUUCACAGAAACUGGACGGGACUGGUUCGAAAUUGUGCACGUUUGGCGUGUCAACCGCCAGAGAGAGGGUGACAGAUUUCGACCAUAUCUGAAAACAGGGAAUCACAAAUUACUGUGGCACGGGACAAACGUGGCGGUCGUUGCGGCUAUUUUGAAAUCCGGACUUCGUAUCAUGCCUCAUUCCGGAGGUCUGGUCGGGAAGGGAAUCUACUUUGCAUCUGCGGCUGACAAGUCACAAGAUUACGGAUGGGCCGACAGUGAUGGCUAUCGCAUUAUGUUCUUAGCUGAAGUCGCCUUGGGCAAGGAACAUCCUAUAUUUCAUUCGGACAGCUCUAUUCGGAAAGCACCUGAUGGAUUCGACAGUGUUGUUGCUCAGGGAAAAUUUGAACCGGACCCGAAAUUCGGAAAAGUACUACAACUGGACGGUGUCCCAGUAAACGUUUUGUGUUCCAAACCGGUACAACGUGAUAUCGACAGCUGGUUUUACUAUAGCGAAUAUCUCAUCUACAACGAGUCCCAGUGCCGUUUACGAUUUGUCAUUCUGUAUCGUCCGAAAAAGUAAACGGACCACUAACGGAAUGCUACUUUUAUGGUUUAUUUCUAUGAAUUUUCCAGCUACAUGCGCCUUUGUAGCCAGCCGCAUCUUUCUUACGUUACUUUACACAGCUACAUUAUAAUCAUAGUGUUUUUAUCUUGCUAUUUUCCACUAAUUGUUUUCAUUUUCUGUUUGACGCCUUUUUGGAUAAUAUAACUUUUGUCGUUCUUGC